AUGGAACAAGAUCAGCACGGACGUCGGAGGAGCAUACGCAUCAUUGAAAAGGCACUGAAAAGUGAAGCCAACACAGAGAAGACGCCAGCUUCAAUCUCCAAAAAGAAAGGCCGUCAGCAAAGUGCUCUUAUCCAGACGAGCGUACGGAAGAAACAAGACAACACAGGAAAUCGAAACCUUUCGAAGCGGACACAAAAGCCUCAAGCUAAUACAUCAAGACGAGCAUCGAAGAGGACGGCACCACAAAAGACCGCCAACACAGCCAAACGUGGCCGUCCAAAGGAAGCACGGGGUGUAGCCAGUACAAGGAAGCAACCUAAGCAGGUAAAAGACCAGCAUAAAAGGGUAUGUUCAGAACCGCAGUCCAAGAAGCGGCGUCAAGAGCAGAACCCAGCAGUUCCGGAUAUUAAUACUGACCAGUUGCCUCUAGGAAGUCCACAAUUUGCAGGGGAUGCUGCUGUAUAUUACUGGAUCAACAACGGAAUUUGGCCAAAAGAAAUGCCUCAAUCUACCCCUAACACCCAAUUAUUGAAUACCCACCUUGCUUCUAGGCCUCCAACCAUUCCGCAAGUGACACAAACCCUCGAGCCAACAACAGCGGCCAGGUCUAACCCCUAUGCUACAAAUGCCUGUGAAACAUACCUUAGGUCUAAAGGCAGCUACAUGAGAGAAUAUGUUGGGGUUGCAGAGAAUGAUAAAAACAUAUGUCAAGAUCUUCUUAAAAGAGAUGAAUGUGAAACUCCCAGUGGUACGGCAUUCGAGGACGAUGCUUGCGACUAUGUCCUGAACUGCUUAUCAGACGCAAAUGAGACUGGGGUCACUCGAAUGAUCAGUCAAUUGAUUGUUCCAUCACCAGUACUCGAGAUCCAUAGGGGUCGACUGCACUCUAUUCCGAUGUUGAUUGAGAGUAUGAAUCAGCCUUGGAGUUGGUCGACUUCCCUUGAUGAAGAUCCGAGCACACGACGAAAUGCGGGGGCAAAGGAACCAAUGUCAUCUCUACCAACACCGCGGCCAGACUAUGCUGUGGGAUUUGCAAGUCAUGCAUUUACCUGCAAGCAGAUUCGCAAGCUUAAGCCAUUACUCGGUGGACCUAACGAGACUUCUGUUUGCAAGGGCAUAGAAGAUAUGCUUUUUCCAUUUUUAGCUUGCGAAGUAAAGUCAGUAAAGUCCACUACAGGAAGUCUCCUGAUUGCAGAACGGCAAAAUGCUCACACUUUGACUCGAUGUCUCAGAGGUGUCGUUGAGCUCUUCAAAUUAUUAGGGUGUGAGAAUGAAUUACACCGGAGAAUUCUUGGCUUUUCUUUUUGUCAUGAUCAGGAGCAGGUGCAAAUAUUCGCUCAUUUUCCCGUGGUAGAAACUGCAGAGCCGACUUCAUAUUAUCGUGUCCGUAUUGGAAAAUGGAGCAUAUCAGACAAGCAUAGAUGGAGGUCUUACAAAUUUUCAAUGGCCAUCUAUCAUGAUUGGGUCCCAACAUUUUUUGCAUUACUCUGUUCUGCAAUUGACCGUUUACCGGAUAUACCUUCGGACGUUGCAUCUCGCCAGUCUCUGAUUCAACCCGAGAGCCCAACGAACGAAGAAUCCUCGGGGGGCAAAAGUUCAAUUCCAGAGGACAAGGAACUGGUUAGAGAUAUAAAAAGGAAGCGUGGCAAUCAACUUCAGCCAGUCAUUGAGCGGAGGGCCUCCAGAGGUUCAAAGAGGUUGAAGGAAGGAUAA